CCACUUAUCAUUUUCUCACUCAUUUUGUAGGAGCUGAAUAUCCAGGUAAGUAAUGAAUGACAUUGAUCAUCAUAGCUUCAUGAAGCAAUUUCCUAUAUACUGCGUCUUCCCUCUUGCUCUAUAGCAUUUCCAGGACCAGAGUGUCUUCUAUCCCAGUACGUAUCACCCACCUUGAUAUUUGUUAUCGGCAUCUUCACCUCAGUAACAUUAUCUUCAUAUUUCAAACUCUUACCAUGCGCCUAAUCGACGUCAACACCCUUGAACUCAAGGAGUUUUUCAGCGACAAGGCGCCGCCGUACGCCAUCCUAUCGCACACAUGGAAGGGCGACGCAGAGGUGACAUUACAAGAGUGGGAGCGCGCCGCCACCGAUAUCACCAUCAAACGUAAAGAGGGCUACACUAAGAUCGUGGGGGCAUGCCGUCGCGCGCGUUCUGAUGGCUUGCAGUACCUUUGGUGUGACACCAACUGCAUCGAUAAGAGUAGCUCUGCUGAACUAAGUGAGGCUAUCAAUAGCAUGUUCGCAUGGUACCGCGACUCGGCUGUGUGUUAUGCAUGCCUACACGAUGUUGAAGCAAAUACUGAUACUUUUUGCAAAAGUCACUGGUUCACUAGGGGUUGGACGUUGCAGGAGUUACUUGCCCCGAGAAAGGUCAUCUUCUUCGAUUACCGUUGGACAGUACUCGGUGACAAGAGCGAGCUGGCUGGCAUGAUCUCGGAUAUCACGAGAAUUCACGUCACUGUUCUAAAGGACUAUUCGACAAUCUAUGACUAUUCCAUAGCCCAACGAAUGUCAUGGGCAGCCGGCCGUGAGACAACCCGGCCUAAGGAUAUUGCAUAUUGCCUUCUUGGGCUUUUCAAGGUCAACAUGCCACUAUUAUAUGGCGAAAAAGAAAAGGCCUUCGUAAGACUACAGCGGGAGAUUAUUAAAGUCUCCGACGAUCAAAGUAUCCUAGCCUGGGAUUUGCUACAGUCGGCUUCUCAUCCUUUUACAGGUGCCCUAGCAGCCUCCCCUUCCGAAUUCCGCUAUUGUGGUUCAAUAGUUAGGGAUUACGAAAUUCAACCAACUGCUUAUUCCAUCACAAACCUAGGGAUCUCUAUCAAUCUUACCAUUAUCACCACCUGUGUGAGAGGAAUUAUUUUCGCGGGACUAAAUUGUGCUAGGGCACUGUACCGGGAAGCUCAACAUUCCAAACAACGCGGUGGAAUUCAAGUGCGAAGAUGUUUUCCGAUUUGGAUUGCUCUACGUCAUUUAAAGCACGAUAUUUUUCUUAGGGCACACCAUCCUUCCUCCAAAUUAUACCUUGGGAAUUCAUACCCAGUGUUGGCACGCCCAAAAUCAACGAAGUUGAUCUUAGAUUUAGAUUCGCCUCAAUUGCUUACCGAACGGUUUGUCGAGAAUCACAUUGAGAUACUGCGACGUCAUACCUCAGUUGCAUUCUCCGGGCUGCAUGUCACGGUUGCAGCAGGGAAGAUGAUUCAUAAAGGAUAUAUCUUGCAAGAGGCAUAUCCUCUAAAAAAUGUUUCCAUAUUGCAAUUAAAGUGUCGAGGGACCUCCGCCAUGUCUCAUCACCUCAUUUCAAGCGGAAAUAUUUCCAUAAUUCUGUCAAUAUUCUGGAAUGAGAAAAGUUCGCCCCUAGAAUGGCUUCACACAACUAUCCUAGAUCCAAGAUUAACCGUCAGUAGCAAGAUGGUUUUCGAUGCUGGCUGGGAAUGUCUUUUCAGAGAAAACAGCCAUGAGCGUUCUACCCAAGCAUACGAUAGCAUACACUCUAUGCGUACACUUCACAACAGAUUGCGGCAGACAUAUGGAAUUACUUCAAAUCCAUGCAUGGAUAACGAUAAAGUGCCAAUUGUUGUUGCUGAGGAUCAGCCUCUACGGGAUGCGUUUGGACAAUUAGAGCUAAUAGUUGAUGUCACAUUCCGUGAGGAUCCAAACUCCGUGGAUCCCUAAUUCAUUACAUAGAGCACUUUCUACUGAAUAUUAU